UUUGCUUUACUUUUCUUGAGUUUUAGACGCAGAGAGAAUAGAGAAGAUGUUGGCGAUAUUCCACAAGGCGUUCGCUCACCCGCCCCAGGAGCUCAACAGCCCCGGUGGCGGCCGGCGUGUCCCCAAGAACCCGGAGGAGAUCCUCCGGGAGUUCCACUCCCUCCACCCUGGGGACUCCUUCUCCGCCACCUUCAGCGGCGGCGCCGCCCUCGCCUGCGUCCCCUCCCACUCCAACCAUUCUCCUCAGCAAAGGUUGUUCUGUAGCUUUGAUGACAUAUAUUGUAUGUUCGUGGGGGGACUCGACAACUUGUGCUCUCUUAUUAGGCAGUACGGGCUAAGCAAGAACACGAACGAGGCUUUGCUUGUGAUCGAGGCGUACCGGACGCUGCGCGACCGCGGCCCGUACCCGGCGGACCAGGUCCUCAAGGACCUCGGCGGCUCCUUCGGCUUCGUGCUCUACGAUAGCAAGGCCGGCACCGUCUUCGCUGCGCUGAGCGCGGAUGGAAAGAUCCCGCUGUUCUGGGGCAUCGCCGCGGAUGGAUCGGUUGUGAUCUGUGAUGAUGUGGGGAUUAUAAAAGGAGGCUGCGGCAAAUCAUACGCUCCUUUCCCAACUGGGUGCAUGUUCCAUAGCGAGGGAGGACUGAAGAGCUUCGAGCAUCCCAUGAACAAGCUGAGGCCAAUGCCGAGGGUGGAUAGCGAGGGGGUGAUGUGCGGUGCUAACUUCAAGGUCGACACCUAUUCCAGGAUUAACAGCAUGCCACGAGUCGGCAGCGCCACCAACUGGACCUUCUGGGACGAAUCCAUGUUGUAGCUUAGCUUUCUACUCUUGGCAACAACAACAACAACAAGAAACCAAUCCUAUCUUAAGUCUGCCUUUCUUCUGCCUCAUCUUCUUUGUUUAAAUGGGUUUCGAGUUCCCUUUGCAGUGUACCUACCAUCCAUGGAACAAAGGUGUAUAGGUGUCUGGAUGUAUAUUUAGUGUCUACCUUUUAUAUGUAUGGGAAAAAAAACUGACUGCUGAGGCCAGUUAUUGACUCA